UUUGCUGUCGAUACGACCGUACAAAGAGAUGAGCAACACCGUACGCUCUCAGUGGACAUGCCUCUGGUUCAGUAAACAUUGUGUAUCUCUACAGCUAAAAUCGGCAGACAUCUGUACACGAGAUGCUGGUACGGAGCGCGUAUCUGCGUGCCGGGGACACGUCAGGCCUGAAGCACGGUAUGUCACGCAACAGGCGAUGGUCUGAUGUAAGCGGUCCUGCAACAUGUUCUCAAACCAGCCUACUACUACUUCCGACAGAUUGAGCGAACAGCGUGCUUUGUGACUUUCAACAAUGUCUAUACCGCUUUAUCAUAACAGUAAGUUGAUGCCAUACUCUUAUCAAUGACAGGAUCUCGGGCGCAAGCACGUCAGCUCCGGCGCGUUCUCGAAACCUUUCAACUCCGAGCCGAGAGCCGAGAUCGCCCAACAAUGUUGUUCUCCCUCUCUUGUCAAGAGAACACGAUGUCUUCACGAAAGAAGCCACCGAUAUGAAUACCUAUACCCUUGCUGGACGAGGCAACAGACUGCUAUUACGACUACGAUUGAACGGCCAGCGACGACUGAACUCCACAAAGCCCGAAGACAAAGCCAAAGAUGUGACUCCACCAACAACGAUUCCAGGACCAGGAAUGGGAUGGAUUGAACCAUUGAAAGAGCCAUUCAGGGCAUAUGGUCGCAUGCAACAUCGCUCACCAUAUAUAACACAACUAUCAACGACGUUGAUCAUCUACUUCUUGGGCGACCUCUCUGCACAAAAGGUCUCCAGUACAGAACCUUACGAACCCUCUCGAGGACUACGAGCGCUCGUCAUCGGCGGUAUAUCGUCUAUACCCAAUUACAAGUGGUUCAUGUUCUUGGGCAAUCACUUCAAUUACAAGUCGCAUGUAGCGUCAAUCGCGACCAAGAUCGUCAUCAACCAGACAUUCUUCACACCAUGCUUCAACACAUACUUCUUCGGCAUGCAGAGUCUGCUAUCGGGGCAGACGCUGGCACAAACAAAGCAAAGAGUUAUAGAUACUGUGCCGACGAGUUGGAGGAAUAGCUGGAAACUGUGGCCGGCGGUCACGGCAUUCAGCUUCACCUUCGUGGCACCGCAAUACAGGAGUGUCUUCGCUGGCGUCAUUGCGAUUGGAUGGCAGACUUAUCUGAGUUGGUUAAACAUGCAAGCGCAGAAAGAGGAGGAUGAGAAGGCGAGGGUCUCUGCUGCGGCGGCUCCUGUGACCGCUCCGUCGACGGCACUUCCUGCUGCAUGAACAUGAUGGAAUACAACAAGCAUGAUGCAACAGGAAGCUACAUCCUUCAUAAGCUACGGAGCUUUGGUCGGCAGUCAGCUGGACUUCAAAAGAGCCAGUAUACCCAUUGUCAAGGCUCGUAACCGCCAGCGACCUUGCGCGGUCUGCCUCAAGGAAGAAAGAGAGAAGAUUGUUGAUCAUGGAAUCAUUCCAUCUUCUCGAACCUGGUAAUGCUCUCCUCGGCUGUCGCAAUCCACAAAGGCGGUUGGGCAAGACUCAUGACUGUUGAGUAAUCAUACUGUGCAGGCGCUUUGCGAAUCGACUUAUCUUCUGAUCUAUGUCCUGCUGGUUGCUCUUGGUGGGACAUGUUCUGGAAAUGGUAAUUCUGAGAAAGGAAAGCAUGUUCAGGAAAAAGGAAAUGCGAUAGACAACUCGGAAAAGCAAGACCUACCAGAUAGAAAUACAGAACAAGUAAUCAAAGAAACAGCAUCAAACCAAAG